UGGACAUCGUGACAGCCACAUUGCACAACGCUUCAUGAUUCAAAUUAUUGUCCCAAUGCAUUCGUCCACUGGCUAAAGUAUUAGACGAGAAUCAUUAUGGUAGAGCGGGUCCCUUUGGAAGAAUACCAAGCGGAGCCAUCGAAAAAAGCCAGAUCUCCACAAAUUGGGGUCUUCUCCCUUAUCAGCAGCUGUAGACUUGAUCAAAACUUUGGAUACUGCCUUUGCCAAAAUGAACUCUUACGCUGUAACGGCGGCAUUCGACGCCGAAGAAGCCCGCCGGAACGCCCGAGCGGCUUCACAAGUCGCCUUGCGAUUUCAAAAAGAAGGGUUCGCGACAACUGACCAGGACCCAAUUUUGAAAAACCUGGGAAUCUCACUUCCCGGGCACACCACAACAGAUGUGACCUUAGCAUCGCUUGCCCACAGUUCGACAGCGGACUCCGACUUUUACAGAUCCGAUAGUCCGCGGAAACGAAAGAAUAUAUCGUUUCCACCAACGCAGACGCAAUUCUCAAAUGGUACUGUCAAUGGAAAUGGACAGCCUGCACAAACCCACGACGAAGAUAUGGGAUCACUCAGCCUCCAGUUAGAAAGGUCCAAGCAGAAUCUUCAAUGCGAGCGAAGGUUGCACGAUGAGACAAAAUCAGCAUUGACACAGGCCUACUUUCAGAAUAGCAAACUCCAAAAACAAAUUGAAUGUUUAUUAAAAGAUUUGGAAAGCCAGCGCGAAAGUAGUCUUCACAAGACAGAAACCUUGGAAGAAGAGCUUGAAAGGAGUCAUGUUCGUAUACAAGCAGCCGAAGAAGACGCGCAACUUGCCCUUGAUUUAGCUAAGAGCAAUUCUGAAAGCCGGGAACAGCUAGAAAGCUGGCUUCAACGGGCGUUACAAGAGAUCGAGUAUCUGAGAGAAAGUUUAACAUUACCGCAUGAUGACCGAGAGUCGCCUUCGCCAAAGCAUGUAAGGUUUGCGAAUACUCCUAGUAUCAAGUUGUAUUCACCGUCGCCAGACCGACCGUUAGCAACUCACCACCAUGACAUGGUGGGGAAAUCAGCGCGUUCGGUAAUAUCGGCUGGUCGAAAAGUUCUGCGUCGGUCGUCGCUCUAUCAAGAUACCGAAGACGAAAUCGCGAGGAAAUCAAUGGAACGAAGACAACAAUUGAGGAAAAAACUCCUUGCACCAACAUCUUCAGAUCAUACGUCAAAAGAUGCACCCCCAUUUUCGCCCCCUCAUUCAAGCACUGCGUCAACAAUGGCGCCAGUUGCAACUACCCUUGCCAAUACAACUCCAUUUCUUGUGUCUGCUGAGGAUAGGCUGAACGAAAUGGCCCGCACUGCUACGAAGAUAAUUUGUAGUAGUGGUCGGCGAAUGUCCCUCAACGGGCGGUGGUGGAAUACCGAGAACAAAGACUCUGAUCUAUCUUCAACUGUUCCUGAUGUUCCUUUGGAUGCUUUGACCAAACACUAUUGUAGCGCCGUCGAG